UCACCCUAAAGUGAUGAAUUUGUUUGAGAGCACCAAACUUGCAUCCAAAACAAGAACAUACAUUAACCUAAACACCAAAUCAAGAUCAGCCAUCAGUGUCACGAGCAAAAUACACUGCGUGUGACAAAUUUCUGGUUUGCGUUCUUCAGCAGAAAUGGGGAAUAACAGACAAAGGAGAUUCAAAACUCAUCGCGGUCAAUCAAGUCGACACCAACAGCUCUUAGUAGAGGACGAUUGUCAAAGCUCUUUUCCAGUUGAAAAUGGUGAGGGUGAGGAAGAGGAGGAGGAACUCACGGAACCCAAAAUAAAGCUUGCAAUGUGGGAUUUUGGGCAAUGCGAUGCCAAAAGGUGCACUGGUCGCAAGCUUUCAAGAUUUGGCAUGCUAAAGGAGUUACGAGUGAGUAAUGGUUUUGGAGGCGUUGUUUUAAGUCCUGCUGGAAAUCAAUGUGUCUCAAGAGAAGAUUACUCUAUAAUCCAGACGAAAGGUUUGGCUGUUGUGGAUUGUUCAUGGGCCCGUUUAGAUGAUGUGCCUUUUGUUAGGCUACGGUGUGCUGCUCCUCGCCUCUUGCCAUGGCUUGUAGCAGCAAAUCCAGUAAAUUAUGGUCGUCCAUGCCAACUAUCCUGUGUGGAGGCCUUAUCUGCUGCUUUGACAAUAUGUGGGGAAGAAAAGACAGCAAAUUUAUUGCUCGGGAAGUUCAAAUGGGGUCAUGCUUUUAUGUCUCUGAAUGGGGAAUUACUGAGGGCCUACUCCAAAUGCCAAAAUAGUGCUGAAAUUAUUUCUGUUCAAAAUGCUUGGCUGUCACAAGAGAGACAAGUUCCAAGAGCUCCUACUGAUGGUCAAGUUGCGACACUAGAAGGUGAGGAUAAAAGUCAGAACUCUUCUGAUUCUGAAGAUGGGCUUCCACCUCUUGAAAAGAACAUGAAUCAUUUGAGUAUAGUCAAUAGCGAUGAGGAGAGCGAGUAGAUGCAUGCAUCUUAUAUCUCUUUUCAGAACCAUGUUGCAAUGUUGGAUGUAAUUUGAAGAUAUGUUCGAUGCAGAA